AGAUGUAAGGAACGACAGCAGCCUCAGGCCUCAGGUCUAGGUUGGAGGCCAGCAGGCAGCUACAUAAACCGCAUCGAAACUGCUCGUACAGGUUACUACAACCAUAGCUCUUCUUGAACCAUGUCAACGAUUACCUCCGAAACGCCUGGUGUUCUCAUCGUUGGUGCAGGUCCCACAGGGCUUACCGCUGCCUUGACCCUCGCCAAGAAUGGUGUCCCAGUACGGAUCAUCGACAAGAGGUCUACUUUCGGCACCGAGCAGCGCGGUGCUGGGAUCCACCCUCGGACGCUCGAACUCUUCAACUACCUAGAUGUGCUUCCGGACGUGUGGGAGAAAGGCAUACCCUUCUCUCCCUUCCAGCAUUACAAGCUACCCGGAGGCGUUGAGCCCCUCGGUAAACCAUAUUGGCCUGUUGACCCAGCCACACCGACUCCAUCUAUUCCCUGGAUAAACCCGUGGUUGAUCGGACAGUGUCAUACCGAAGCCAUCCUGCGCAAGCAUCUUGCAACAUACGGAUACGAAGUGGAGCUCAAUACCGAAUUUCGAAGCCUGGAGCAAUCGCCGGACCACGUCACAGUUACUACGGCGAAAGGGGAGGAUGGCACAGAGGCCAUUACGUCUGCGUCGUACCGCUGGGUCAUAGCUGCAGACGGAGGGCGAAGUGCACUGAGGAAGCAACUCGGAAUUCCCUUCGAGGGCCAGCAGCUACCCGACCGCAUGGUUCUCGGCGAGAUGCAGUUGUCCGGUCUGGAUCGCGAGCAUUGGCAUCGAUGGAACGAUUGGGGAGAGAGAAUCAGGCCAACCGUGGUCUUCCGUCCCACAGAGACCGAGGACCGGUUCUGGUUCAUGGUCGGAGGGAACGUCAACUAUGAGAAGAUCAUAUCCAAUCGCGAUGCCUUGGUUGAGACCAUCCGCGACUGCAUCGAGCGCAAAGACCUGCAAUUUGGUGAACUGUACUAUGUGCUCGAGUACAAGCCGAGCGUCCGGAUGGUUGACAGGCUUUCUGAAGGGCGUGUCUUUCUGGCAGGAGAUGCAGCUCACAUCCACAGCCCAGCAGGCGGACAGGGACUCAACACAAGUGUUCAAGACGCAUUUAACCUCUCCUGGAAGCUCGCACUCGUGGAGCGAGGCGUCGCCCAAACCUCACUCCUCUAUUCGUAUUCCGCCGAGCGUCUCCCUGUGAUCAAGCGCAUGAUUCAAGAGACGCGGAGAAUCUUCGAGCUGACGAUGCAAAGCAAGGCACGCCCUGAGGGCAUGGCGCCUUGGGGCAAGUCCGAGGGGCUCAGGCAGCUCGGAGUCAACUACCGCUCGAGUCCCAUCCUUGUGGACGAGCGACACGCGGAUGGCGCACAGCAGGAAACAUACGAUGCGUACGGCAUCGGUCUUGGGGCAUUGGGUGGGGUUGGAUUGCGUGCAGGCGAUCGCGCACCGGACGCCCCUGGGCUGGUCGACGUGACGGAAGCUGGCUCUGAGGUGAAGACGAGAUCCCUCUUUGGGAUUUUUCGACCCGUCUAUCAUACCGUCCUGAUGUUCGGCGAAGACUCCACGGCUGCGAGCGAGGUGAUGGAUGGGUUGAAGGCGUACCCUGCGCAGCUCCUACGUGUUGUGACGAUCCAUCCUCAGCAAGGACCCGUUACCGCUGGUGUAGUCACCGACAUCACUGCGGACUUCGCUCUCAGGGACGGACACGGGCACGCAUACACUGGUUAUGGCUGCUCGCCUGAAGUAUUCUCGGUCGUUGUCGUUAGACCGGACGGAGUGGUUGGGGCCAUCGUGUUGGGUGCGAAAGGGGUUCAGAAGUAUUUUGACCGCGUGUUCGACGCAUUCCAGUGAACGCACUGUCACUUGGCAAUGGAACAGUAUAACUGUCG